AUGCAUCAACUUACCUUUCUCCUCGUCCUCUUUUUCUUCCUUGUUCUCAAACUUCCUUCAACAAUUGGAGAUGUCAAAACAGUUACGAUCUCCUCAGACUCCCGUAGCACAAUAUUUUUUAAAGAUUUUUGUUUCGAUCUCACCGGUCAUAUAUCUCUUAAAAUCUCCAAUGUCUCAAUUACCACCACCUCUACAACCCCAAUAAACUCCUCACGUAUAGGUUUCUUCCUUAGUGAUUUAUAUGCCCUCCCAUAUUAUUUAUUUGAGAUACUUUUUCAAGAAGGAAAAACAUGCAUUCUUGAGUCACCCAACCUAACCCCAGGAGGUUUCCAACCCAUAGCCACAUUUGCAGAACUCGCACCUCCUCCCCAAUCUUCCAUCAGCAAAACCCUCCCCAUCUCUGCUUUUAUUGUGAACAACAAAACCCGCCCUGUCCAUUCACCUGACAAUCUCGGAAUCUACUUUUCCAAUUGCGAGCCGAAUACCGCUGUCUCAAUGCACGUUCACGUUGAAACCUAUAACAUAGACCGAAAUGGCAAGGACUAUCUUGAAGUCGGUAGAACUCAAUUGCCAAUUAUCUACUUCAUUUUCUCCAUCCUUUACUUGCCGUUUCUGGCCUUGUGGGUGUACAUAUGCUACAAGAACAGGUCGUUUGUUCGCAAGAUACACACUCUAAUGGUCAUAUUGGUCGUAAUGAAAUCGUUGAAUCUAUUGUUCGAGGCAGAGGACAAACACUACAUCAAGGUCAGUGGAACCCCUCAUGGAUGGGACUUAUGGUUUUAUUUGUUCCAUUGUCUUCGAGCUCUGUUAUUGCUAACCGUAAUCAUGUUGAUUGGGACUGGUUGGACAAUCUUUAAACCAACUUUACAUGCCAAGGACAAGAAAAUCUUGGCUAUGGGCGUAACAAAUCAGGUUUUUGCUAGCAUAGCCUAUGUUUAUACCAAUGAAACUGGCCCAUCAAAUAGCAACUAUUUGUAUUUCACUCUGGUGUUAUUGGUGGUUGAUUUUGUGGGCUUUGCGAUAGUUUUCUUUCCAAUUAAUACGUCCAUUCGCACACUCAAGGAAGCCGCAAGGAGAGAUAGAACUGCUGCGCAGGUUCUGAGAAAGAUGAGACUUUUGCGAUAUUUUAACGCAUGGGUGCUUAUGUUAUGGCAAUUGAAGUGGUGGGCAUGGAUUUAUGUCUCUAUGAUCCCUGAUGCAGAUUGUUGUUCGGAGUGGUUGAUUGUUACUAUUGAAGAGACUGUUGCCUUUGGAUUUUACAUUGGAAUGUUUUGUCUCUUUCGACCUAGGGAGCGAGAUGAGUUUUUUGUUGUUCUAGACGAAGGGACAGCUCUUGGUACAAUUCGGAGAGAGUUUUAG